AUGGACCUCCCUAUUUUGACUACAGUCCUUCUAGGACUUGUCCUGACUCCAGCCCUUGCUGAUCACCAUCAACAGACUGAAAUAAGCAAGAAAAUCUCCAUUAGUGGAGGCUACCAAAUUAUGACCAUCAAUAGGAAAUGGCUGGUGGCAAGUGUUGAGCAACAGACCAACCAUGAGUACUGGAAAACCAUCUGGAACUAUGACACAGGUUUUAUGGCAACCAAAGUGCUGCCAGAGAGAGCUUGCUACAUUUCCCUGAUGAACAGCACAGAGAUGCCCAGCUUUGAUGGACUUCCCCAGCUGGCUGCAGACAUCAGGGAUCACCCCAGACCCCCUGCAAAGGAGAUCUCCUUCACCCUGAUCAGGAGAGCCAUCCGUGACCUGGAAUCAUACGGGCCAGACAUCUUCUCCAUGUGCAGAGGGCUCUCAACUUUCGUGGCCUAUGAAGUUGGGGGACCCCAAUUCAAUCUUGGAUCGUGCCUCAAGCUCGAUGUUCUUCAAUAUUUGGCCCUCACCUACUGCCACAACGAUAACUUUGUGUAAACCAGGCCUUUCCUGGGCUGCUCCCUGGCAUCUCUUCUUCCCAGAGGUUCCUUCCUGAGGUACAGAUCUGUUGGUGAGCAGAGCUAGCAAUUAA